AUGGCGGUCUUGGCGAUGGUACUGGUGGUGGUAUUAUGUGGGCUGUUUAUGGGCUUCUGUUUGUGCUUUGCUUUCUUGAAAUGGAAUGAGAUAAUAUACGCAAGCAAAGGAUUGCCUCCAGGUACAAUGGGGUGGCCACUUUUUGGUGAGACUACAGAAUUUCUCAAACAUGGACCAAGUUUCAUGAAAAACCAGAGAGCAAGGUAUGGAAGUUUAUUCAAAACUCAUAUACUCGGGUGUCCUACCGUUAUUUGCAUGGAUCCUGAGCUCAACAGAUACAUACUUAUGAAUGAAGGAAAAGGACUUGUUCCUGGUUAUCCUCAGUCCAUGCUAACAAUAGUCGGAAAACGCAACAUUGCCGCUGUGCAUGGGUCUACUCACAGACACAUUAGAGGAUCAAUGAUGUCACUUAUAAACCCUGCCGCCAUCAAAACGAAACUUCUGUCGAAAAUUGAUAAGUUGAUGAGAUCCUAUCUUCACAACUGGCAUGGAAAAACCAUUGAUAUCCAAGAAAGAACCAAUGAGAUGGCAUUAUUGGUGGCCUUCAAGCAGAUAGUAGAAAUAGAAUCAAGUCAGAUAUAUGAUACUUUCAAACAAGAGUUCGAUAAGCUAGUAGUAGGAACAUUGUCACUGCCUAUCAAUCUUCCAGGAACAAAUUACCAUUACGGAUUACAGGGAAGGAAGAGAGUCAUCAGAAUGUUGAAACAGAUUAUGAAGAAGAGAAGAGCUUCUUCAAUAACUCAUAAUGACAUGCUUGAUCAACUUCUGAGAAAUGAAGACUCUAACUACUCGCUCAGUGAUGAGGAGACACUCGAUCAAGUUAUUACAAUUUUAUAUUCAGGAUAUGAGACUGUUUCAAAAACUUCAAUGAUGGCCAUUAAGUAUCUUCAUGAUCAUCCAAGAGCUCUUCAAGAACUUAGAGAUGAACAUUUAGCAAUCCGACAAAGGAAAAAGCCAGAGGAUCCAAUUGAUUGGGAUGACUGCAAGUCCAUGACUUUUACUCGCGCAGUCAUAUACGAAACCUCAAGAUUGGCAACUAUUGUUAAUGGUGUUCUGAGGAAGACAAUCAAUGACAUUGAAUUGAAUGAAUUUAAAAUUCCUAAAGGAUGGCGAAUAUACGUUUACACACGGGAGAUAAACUAUGAUCCAGUCCUCUAUCCAGAGCCUUAUACAUUUAAUCCAUGGAGAUGGCUGAAGCACGAGUCUCACAACUACAACUUCAUAUUUGGAGGAGGAACCAGGCUUUGUCCUGGCAAAGAAUUGGGCAUAGUCAAAAUCUCUACAUUCCUUCACUAUUUUGUUACUAGAUAUAGAUGGGAGGAAGUUGGAGGAAAUGAAAUUCUGCAAUUCCCCAGAGUUGAAGCACCAAAUGGGUUGUAUAUGAGGGUAUCAAAGUUAUAAUGUGGUAGAGAGAUACUAAAACCUUUAUACAGUGAUACGAUUAAUGCUAUACUUACAACUGAGUCAUAUAAAUAAGCAAAAAAUAAAAGACAUAGUAGGCAUUUUACACGAAUUCUGUGAAAUUUUUGUCUGAUUGUAUGACUCAAUUG